CCGGCACCUCAAAGGCGGGUCGAAGCGCUUGAUGUCCAGUUCUAUUGGUCCCCUGGAGCGCGGCCAGGCUCUUCUGAUUGGCUGGUGUGCUUCCUUGGGGCCCACCUCCUACCUGCCUGCUAAGCAAUAAUGCCUCCAUGGGUUGCAGUGAAGAAUAAGUGAAAAAAAAAAUGAAGAUACAUCAUGGCCCUGAGGGCAUGUGGCUUGAUCGUCUUCCGGAGACGCCUUACUCCCAAGGUAGACAACAGUACAAUUGAGUUUCUAUUGCUACAGGCAUCAGAUGGCAUUCAUCACUGGACUCCUCCCAAAGGCCACGUGGACCUGGGAGAGAAUGACUUAGAAACAGCCCUGAGGGAGACUCAAGAGGAAGCAGGCAUAGAGGCAAGCCAGCUGACCAUCAUUGAGGGGUUCAAAAAGGAGCUCAAUUAUGUGGCCAGAAAGAAGCCUAAAACAGUCAUUUACUGGCUGGCAGAGGUGAAAGACUACGACAUAAAGAUCCGCCUCUCCCAGGAGCACCAAGCCUACCGCUGGCUAGGGCUGGAUGAGGCCUGCCAAUUGGCUCAGUUCAAGGAGAUGAAGGCAGCACUCCAAGAAGGACACCAGUUUCUCUGCUCCACACCAGCCUGAGUUGACUAGAACAGUCAUUUGCUUACGUAGCAUCCUGAAGGGCCUUCUGAGAUGAACCCACCAUGGCUUAUUAGAGCCAAGAACAGACAGGUUAGAGAAAUCAGCUCAGGACUUAGAUGAGAGCAAGGAAGCCCAGAAUUCAAUCCCUGGCAUAGGAGAAAAAAAAAAAAUUUAAAGAGCCAGCAAGAAUUUUAGCUAAGUGAAAAGGCAAAGGAGGAGUAAAAAUUUAAAAAUAGCAGGCCCAGUUUAAGUACAUCUUUGUAGUUUAUAAAUAAACCUCAAGUGGCUUAUCUGCCCUUUAA